AUGCAGGCUCGCAUCGAAGCCGACUUUAAGCCUGUAGACAUAGCAGUAGGAGGUCCAAGUACUGCAUUCGCUUUCUGCAACCCACACAAGCUAGAAAAAUGCAAGCAGUGCAACGUAGACUUUAUCGCUCUCAAUCGUGUCUCCAAGAUUCUUGUCACAAACCCCACCUUACGUUGUCCACCUCCUCCAACCGUCGUACAGCAGAAACUCUCGCAGGCAGUAACGAAUAUGAAGGAUGAGGGAAAUAACCUAUACAAACUCAACAGGACUCGAGAAGCUCUCUCAAAGUACAACAUGGCAGCAAGUAUAGCCGUGCAGAGACCAGCUUGGGAAAGUGCUGCAAUACUACGAGAAGAACUCUCGACCGUUGUAUCCAACCGCUCAGCAGCUCUUCUUGAGCUCGGUGACUACCUCGGCGCGCUUGUUGACGCCGAAACCGUCAUUUCCGUCCGGAGACAAUGGCCGAAAGGUCAUUUCAGAAAAGCAAAGGCACUCGUCGCGCUGGGCCACAUAGAAGAGGCCAAAGAUGCCAUCUCUCUCGGCCUUCAAUUUGAGCCUAAUAACACUGUAAGCCACGUCCAUGCUCCGGUUGACACGUAUCUCACAUGUUGCCUCAGGAGCUCAGCGGAUAUAUGCUUGAAUUGGACAAGCAAUUAG